AUGGGUAUUACCCCGGCGAAAGUUGAUCAGAAUCUAAGGAAAAAAUGGGACAAUGAAUGUAUCCCGUGGAGUUUUCUACGUAGCUAUAUCAUGAAGCAUCGGGACACCGAGCAAGGACAGCUUGUGAUGGCCUUGGGAAUUUACGGGCUAGUGAUCUUUCCCAAGGUCUUGGGACAUAUAGAAGUCGGAAUUAUAGACUUCUUCGAGCAAGUCAUCAACAAGGCCAAUCUUUCGCCCUCUAUUCUAGCGGAAACUCUCAGAUCACUGAAUUACUGUCGAAGAAAAGGUGAGGGACGAUUUGUGGGAUGUGCACAUCUUCUUUCCAUCUGGAUAGUGAGCCACUUUGAAUGCAAGGUCGAUAAGUUCAGAAAGCCAUUUCAUCCGCAAAUCGCCCCUAUCAGAGAAUUUUGUGAGAGUGAAUGGCCAAAAAAUAGGACUAAGGAGCAAUGGAUCUCUAGACUUCGGGAACUCAAAAGUGUGGAAGUAAUAUGGAGAGCUCCGUGGAUGCUGCAUCACCCAGUCUUGUACAAAUGCGGAAAUGAACCUUGGGUACCGUUAAUGGGGCCAUGGGGAGCCGUCAGUUACGCCCCAAUUAUGGUGAGAAGACAAUUUGGGUCAGAGCAGUUUGUGCUGAUGACACACCGACUUAAUACUUUGGAGUUUACCUUUGGAGAGCCGAGUUUUCUGAAAAAGAUUGAGGAGAUUGCGCAAGCCUGGAAGAAAACUAGCCGAGUUGAUCAAGGGAGGUACACCGAUGAAGUGACUACCGGAUAUCAGAUAUGGCAUGACCAACGAGUUAAGGAUGUGGUAUAUCCGAAAGAAGAUGCACUACGUGGCCCAGUUGAUCCAGAACCACGAGACGCUUUGCUCGAAAGUGAGUUGGCUCGAAAGAAGUCCGAAGCUGAAAAUGCCAGUUGGAAGCAACGGUAUGAAGACCUCCAAAAAGAGUGUGAGAAAAUGAAAAGAGAAGUAAGUGAGCAAAGAAAGAAAGUCCGAAAAAUGGAAGGGAAGUAUGAGAGCCUGAAUGAUAAGUUUUCUGCCACAACCAGUGAACUUCAAAGGGAAAUACAGGUGAGAGAAAAUCGAGGUAAUGAACUUCAAACGCACAAUGAUGGGCUAAGAAGACAAGUGCGAUUCCAACAAGAGUCCAUCCAAUUACUAAGACAAGAGUAUGAAGUGCUCGAAGGGGUCAUGACGACUUAUCAACAGGAAUAUGAACGCCUCAAGCAACAGAGCACCAGAAUUCAAGAAUGA